AUGCUCUUCACCGGCAGCGGCGAGUCGUUCAACGUUGGCGCCUUUCUCGAGUCCAUAUCGCCCUACGCCUGGGCCAGUCUCGGCAUCUCCCUCUGCAUCGGCCUCUCUGUCGUCGGUGCCGCCUGGGGCAUCUUCAUUACCGGAUCCUCCAUCCUCGGCGCCGGCGUCAAGGCCCCUCGAAUCCGAACAAAGAACCUCAUCUCCAUCAUCUUCUGCGAGGUCGUCGCCAUCUACGGCGUCAUCAUGGCCAUUGUCUUCUCCUCAAAGGUCGAGUCUGUCCACGGCGCCGAGCUCUACUCUGCCGACUCCUACUUCACCGGCUUUGCCCUCUUCUGGGCUGGUCUGACCGUCGGCGCCUGCAACCUCGUCUGCGGCGUUGCCGUUGGCAUCAAUGGCAGUGGAGCUGCGCUGGCUGAUGCGGCUGAUGCCUCAUUGUUCGUCAAGAUUCUCGUCAUUGAAAUCUUCAGCUCUGUCCUGGGACUUUUCGGCCUGAUCAUCGGACUGUUGGUUUCUGAAAAGGCUCCCGCCUUUGGCGCCAAGCCCGUCUGA